CAGAAUUUUUCUAUGACGUCAUAACGGCCAGGCCCACACAGCCAGAACAUACACACAUAUAUCACUCAUAGCGAACACUACCACAACAAUUACGCACUUGCACACCCAGCACCAUGGACGCGCCGGACCUCGGAGAGUCGGAUAUUAACCAAUUGAGCCAAUCUGAGAGAGCGUAACUAACGACCAUUUGGAUCAGGCGUUACGUGCCCUCGCAGAUGCCCUGGUGGGCUAUCCGACCAACAGUGCGAUAGUGCGGCAGUACUACACCUUGUCCUGACUAGUUAUUGGAUUAUAUGCUAACGUACUUUUGUUCUCCAUAGCAACUAUACAUCAAGCUACUUCUUUUAGCUGAUAUGCAGACAGCUGAUAAGGAUGGCGAUGUUACCAUAAAUUGCAGCCCCUUCGGCGACGGCAUAAACGACGACGACCACGAAGACGAUGACCACGGAGAUGACGGCCUUGUCAGCGACAGUAGAAAUGGAGAAGAGGAAGGCGGUGACGAGACCUCUAUCUGCGACGGUAACACUGGUAUCAACGAUAACGACAUUGAUCGAAUGGAGAAAAGAAAAAGCAGAGCUCAAAUCGAACCUUUUCAAGUGCAUCCGCGAUGCCGUGAGAGAUAGCCUGUUCUCUGAUCCGUAUAUCCUGGAUACAGCCAAGUCGCUUGGAACUGAGGAGGACCAAAUGGUAAGUGAGGACCAUAAAACCCGCCUGGUCUUUUAUCUCAAGGCGAGCAAUUUCGAAGAUUGGAAGGCACAGCACCAGAUCAGCACCAACUCUGGCUUUAGCCCACAUGGGCAACCGUGCGUGUAUACUGCACACAUGAACGAGCGCAGUUCCCAAGACAAGAAAGAGAAGGCCAGCCAGGUCAAGGCUCGCUAUGAUUACCAUCACAGGGGAGUGCCACAUCGCUUACUCAAGGUGCAACGAUCAGAAAUUAGCGAGGAUGUCUUGAGUACUCUCUUCAGGAGCCAAGAAAGUGGUGAACAGCAUACUCGGUGCAAGAGUGACCAUUGCUGCACUUACAGAGGAUCUACUGUAUCACUGAAAGAUAGGAUCAUUUGCUACAAAAGAUAAGACAAUUCAGAAAAGAAUCCGUGAAGAAUCCAUGGAAUAAUUGAUUUUCAAAGUUGUAAGAUUUACCGACUAAGCUAAGCGUACGCCUUGAUUCGUAUCUGUAAUACUCAAGCAGCUUUGUUGAAAUCAAUGAAGCGGCUCCUGUAAAAGCCUUUUUUUUUUUUUUUCCCC